AUCAUGGCAGGAGAAAAUCAAACCGUUCUGUCCGAAUUCAUCAUCAUGGGAUUCUCCAACCUAAAUGACUUGCAAUUUCUACUCUUCGCCAUAUUCCUUAUGAUCUAUAUCUGUACCCUCGGAGGAAACAUCUUCAUUAUUUUGGUAACUCUGGCUGACCUGCGACUUCACACACCCAUGUACUUUUUUCUGAGGAACUUGGCCUUCCUGGACAUCUGCUACACCACCACCAACGUUCCUCAGAUGAUGGUGCACCUCCUAUCAGAGAAGAAGCACAUCUCCUACUGGGGCUGUGUGGCUCAGCUCUUUGCAUUCCUUUUCUUUGUGGGGGUCGAGUGUCUUUUGUUGGCAGCAAUGGCAUAUGACCGUUACAUUGCAAUUUGUAAACCUUUAAGGUAUUCAGUUAUUAUGAGCAAGAUGCUUUACAGCCAGUUAGCUGCCUUCUGUUGGGUUAGUGGUUUCCUCAACUCAGUGGUGCACACGGUGUUGACAUUCCGCCUGCCCUUCUGUGGCAACAACCAGCUUAAUUAUUUCUUCUGUGACAUCCCCCCUUUGCUGAUCUUGUCUUGUGGGGACACAUCAGUCAAUGAGCUGGUGCUACUCAUCAUUGGGGUCUUCAUUGGGUGGGCUCCUUUCUUGGGUAUCAUCCUUUCCUACUUGUAUAUCAUCUCCACCAUCUUGAAAAUCCAGUCAUCAGAGGGCAGGAAAAAGGCCUUUUCUACAUGUGCUUCCCACCUUGUCAUUGUCCUUCUCUACUACGGUAGCUCCAUCUUUACCUAUGUGCGGCCCAUCUCAUCAUACUCCUUGUCCAAAGACCGGCUGAUAUCUGUACUAUACAGUGUGGUCACCCCAAUGCUGAACCCCAUCAUUUACACUUUGAGGAAUAAGGACAUAAGAAAUGCUUUGAAAACUGUGGGACAAAAAGUGACAGUCUCCAAAUUUCAAUUCUCUUGA